UUCACGUAUCACAUCUCACAAGGACUUAUUAUCGUAUUGUGAAUGUCAAUGUUUAUUGUGGUGGGUACAUAUGUAUAUGGUAUAUGGUAGGUACAAAUUAUUUCACAAGUGACAUGUGAUCUGAUGUGAAUUGGCUUCAGUCCACAAACGACGAGACCAAGAAACACGUAAACAAAAAUAAUUGCGAUGAACACUGGGGUUAGUCUGGUUCAUGUAUUGAUAUAAAGUGAAAUCUGAGAUCAUAUAACAUGUUGGAACUUGGAAUAAUACCGAAAAACUUCAAGGGGUGAAUCUGUGAUGAAAAUUGAGGUGUGUCAACUAGUCUCAGAUAAAACAACAACAGUGAAGAUGAUGCUAUUGCUAAUUUUCUUAGCUGCUAUCAACUUAACUCAAUCCGCAAAAAUUCUGGGGAUAUUUCCCAUUCCAUCACGGAACCAUUUCGUCACAGGAUCUCGCCUCAUGAGAGAACUAGCUAACAGAGGGCAUCAAGUCACCGUUGUCAGUCCCUUCGAAGAAACAGGAACUCAAGGGAAUUAUACUGGAAUUCAUAUUGGAAAUACUAUACCAGUCCUCAAACGUUUCCAGAAGAGUUUCUAUGAAAGAGAAUCCAUGAACUUCAUUUCUAGCACGAACUACCUUCAUAACAUGGCCUACGAAUUAACUGAAGCUCUUCUCACUGACUCCACGAUCCAACACCUCUUGAAAUCGAACAAAAAUUUUGACUUGGUGGUGAUUGAAUACUUCAUGAACGAGGCUGCACUAGGCAUAGCAAACAUUCUCAAAACCCCGAUCGUUUUAGUUUCUUCCUUGCCACCUUCUACCUUGAACAACCAUUUGUUUGCUAAUCCUCUACCAACUUCCUAUGUUCCAAAUAUUCUGACUUCCUACUCGGGAGACAUGUCCUACUGGCAACGAUUCAACAAUUUACUUUACAAUGCCUACAAUAAUUACUACAGAACGCUCCGUAUGUUGCCAAAGCACAAUCAAUUGAUGGAGGAGUGCCUUGGGAAAAACUUGGACUUCUAUGAAGUGAUAACGUCGGUGAACCUGAUCCUUCUCAAUUCGCAUCCCAGUGUGACAGAGCCUGUACCUCUCAUGCCAAAUAUGAUCGAGAUUGGAGGAGCCCACCUAGGCCCUCUAUGCAAAUUGCCUGAUGAUCUAGAAGAUUUCAUGGACAGUGCGAAAGACGGGGUGAUAUUGUUUUCUAUGGGUUCCAAUUUGAAAAGCGCUGAUCUGGGAAGCGAGAAGAUUGAGUCUUUGAUCAGCGCGUUCCGACAGAUCAGACAAAGAGUGCUUUGGAAAUUGGAGGAGGAGUUGCCGGACUUGCCAGGAAACGUGAAAGUUGUCAACUGGAUUCCUCAAGCUGAAGUGCUGGCCCAUCCUAACACCAAAGCCUUCAUAACUCAUGGAGGACUUUUCAGCACUAUCGAAGCAGUUCAUUUUGGUGUCCCAAUCGUUGGGAUACCGGUGUAUGGAGAUCAAAAGUCAAACAUUGCGAGGGCUGUCCGAGAUGAGUAUGCUGUUUCUGUACCAUUCACUGACAUAUCCAGCGAGAAUGUUGCUGCAGCUAUACACGAAAUUUUGAAGCCAAAGUAUUCCUUGAAUAUUCAACAAAGAUCCAGGGAUUUGAGAGAUCGCCCUGUUGAACCUCUCGCGAAUGCUAUUUACUGGAUUGAAUUCAUUUUGAAUCACGAUGGUGCUAAGUAUCUUCAAUCUCCAGGAGUCAAGCUUCCAUCCUACAAGAGGCAUUUGAUAGAUGUUAUUAUAGUUCUGGUGAUAAUUGAUAUAGUACUGUUUUUGAUAUUUUAUUAUAUUUUCAAACACAUAAUACAUCUACUGAGGGAAAAAGUGAGAGAAAGAAGAAGUCAAAAAUAUUCGAAACUUGAAAAAUAGAUGAUAAUCUGUCAAAAAUUUGCUCACAGCGGUUACUUAGCUACUUGUAUACAGUCGCGCAAGAAAUCAUCUGAUGUUGGUUAGGGGAUAUUUAUAUUCAUGCUGAGAAUACAUAAUUAGGAAUAGCAAAUAUCUUAUGAGGAGGAUAUAUUCUAGUAAGAGAAAUAGAAAUCUCAAUUCCUAUAAAAUGUUCUCGAUAUAGGAAUAUAUUCCAAGAUGAAGAAAAUUCUCAAUAUAAAAAUGGAAUCUUGAUUGAAUUCUUUUAUUUGGUGCCCUAGCACACUGCCAUGCUGAGCGCAGAAGCGGUAACUGACAUUUCCAAGGAAAUUGAGAUAUUAGCUCCACAUAAAUUUAUGACUCGAAAUCUGUCUAAAACUAGAGUUUCAUAGCAGUAAAUACCUUUUUUCUAUUUCUAUUUCAAAUUUUAAAUAGCGGUAUCUACCAACUUUCAAAAUAUUGUUGAAAUUUUCCUGCGGUGUUAGGCGGUAAUUAUCAUUUGCUUGGGCAUUGCAGGGGUAAUUACUGCACAAACUGCUCAAAUAUAUUAGCGUUUGUCGAAUACGCCCUAUAUACUUAAGUUUUAAUGCAUUUUUCGCGCAAACGGCUGAGUAACAUCAAGGUGGUUGAAGGAUGAACAUCGCUGAAGUGUUUGUCGCAUUUCAUCAAUAACUGUGUUAGUAGUUAUAAUGAUUAAAUGAGUCAUUAUCACGUAACAAGUGAAGAAAGGUUAUCAUAGACUGAUACUCAUUUUCUUUGUGGUUGAACUAUAUUAUUUCAUAGAAUAAUGGCUUCCGAUCGAACCAACAUAAUUUCAGAACGUGCAAAACUUGUGUAUGAAGUGAAGAAUCCACGAAGCACUAUUA